GGGACUGGGCGCGCGUCGCUCGGGUCUCUGCCAAACCAGCUUCUGAGAGUGUGCGGCUGUAGGCCUAUAUAUUCAUAUAUAUUACUAUAUUACUAUAAACAACCCUAUAUACAUCCCUACAUAUAUUUGCUUGCAUUUAGACUAAGUCGCCUGGCAUUUUUUGUGGUCCCGGAAGAAGGACUGAACCGCUCUAAGAUGGAACCUCUUAAGUGUAUUUUUGAAACCUGAUGUUUCCAGUUCUCAGUCCUACCUGAAGCGCUCUGCAGUCUUUCUGACGGUCCUAUCCAGGUGAUUUAUAAUCGUAGUUCUUCUAUUAAACGAUGGAGGAGCUCGCUCGGGAGAGCAUCUGUCUGCUGGCCCGGUCCGCGUCCCACGCCGACCCGCCCCGGCUCGGUUCCUUCGGCGCGAUCUUCAUCAUGCUGAAGUCCGCCCUGGGAGCUGGACUCCUUAACUUCCCCUGGGCCUUCCAGAAGGCCGGCGGAGUGAACAUCGCCAUCAGCGUGGAGAUGGUGUCCCUGGUCUUCCUUAUCAGUGGUCUUGUGGUGCUGGGCUACGCGGCGUCCGUCAGCAGGAAGGACAGCUACCAGGACGUGGUGCGGGAGGUGUGCGGCGCCGCCACCGGCAAGCUCUGUGAGGUCUGCUUCUGCUUCAAUCUCUUCAUGAUCUCCGUGGCCUUCCUGGUGGUGGUCCAGGACCAGCUGGAGAAACUGUGUGUGUCUCUGUACGGGACGGUGACGGGCUCCUCGGAGGCCCUCAUGCCGUACCACUGGUACACCGACCAGCGCUUCGCCCUCUUCAUCGUGUGCCUCCUCUUCAUCCUCCCUCUGUCCAUCCCCAAGGAGAUCGGGAUCCAAAAGUACACCAGCGUGCUGGGCACCCUGGCCGCGACCUACCUGUGUGUGGCGGUGAUCAUCAAGUACUACCUGAUGGAGAACCACACGGCGGAGCUCAGCCCCGAGCACAGCCAGGGAGUGGGCUCCUGGGGGUCCAUGUUCAGCGUGGUUCCCACCAUCUGCUUCGGCUUCCAGUGUCACGAGGCGUGUGUGGCAAUCUACAGCAGCAUGGAGAACAAGAAGCUCUCCCACUGGGUGCUCAUCUCUGUCGUCUCCAUGUUCUUCUGUCUGCUCAUCUACACACUGACCGGAGUGUUCGGCUUUAUGACGUUCGGCCGUGCUGUGGCCUCAGACAUCCUGAUGUCAUAUCCUGGAGAUGACGUGGUCAUGAUCAUCGGCAGACUGCUCUUUGGGAUCUCCAUCAUCACCAUCUACCCCAUCAUCCUACUGCUGGGACGGUCGGUGAUCCUGGACCUGGUGGUGCGUCUGCGGCGGGACCAGCAGGGGGCGGUCACGCACUCCUUCGAGAGCCGGUGGCGGGCGGGGCUGACGGGCGUGUGGAUCGCCGUCACCAUGCUCAUCGCCAUGUUCGUCCCCGACAUGAGCGACGUCAUCAGCGUCAUUGGAGGCAUCAGCGCCUUCUUCAUUUUCAUCUUCCCAGGUCUGUGUUUGGUCUUCAUCAUGCAGUCUGAACCCGUGUCCCCAAAAGUCAGGGUGCUGUUGACAGCUUGGGGGGUCGUCACCAUCGUGGUCGGGGCUUUUAUCUUCGGACAAAGUACAACCAAAGCCGUCAUGGAACUGUUCUAUGAGUUUUGAUUUUCAACGGCCAUCUUGAAUCCUUCUUCUAUUAGUCCACCAUCAACAUCAGCUGAGACUCCACCAUCAGUACAAUCACCACCAUCAACACCAUCAAUACCAUCAAUACCAUCAACAUCAGCUGAGACUCCACCAGCAGUACAAUCACCACCAUCAACACCAUCAAUACCAUCAACAUCAGCUGAGACUCCACCAUCAGUACAAUCACCACCAUCAACACCAUCAGCAGCAUCAACACUAACAAUACCAGCUGAGUCUCCACCAUCAACACCAUCAUCAUCACCAGCUGAGUCUCCACCAUCAACACCAUCUACACUAUCAACACCAGCUGAGACUCCACCAUCAACACCUUCAAUACCAGCUUAGUCUCCACCAUCAGCCUGAUUUACACGUCAAGGGAUUGCAAUGGGACACAGUGGGAGUCUUUUUAAAUGUUUCUCCAAUAUAUGUGGCUACAUGUGACAUGGAUUGUAAAUUUAAUAAUAUCUACACUCCUAUAUUUCCUAUAUACAUAAAUAUAUAUUAAUAUGUAUGAUUCAUUUUUUUUGGUCAUGUUUUGUUUUAUCAUGUUUCUUUCUUUAAUGUAAUAAUUAUUAAAACAAUACAGAAGCUGA